AUGGGGAGCCAGAGUUACUUCAAGGCUUUGAUUAUUUCUUAUAGCACUAAUUGGAUCAACUCAAGCUCAGUUGCAGCUUGUAGUAAAAGUAAAAGGAAUGUUGGACUUGAUGUAAACGACCUUGUCUUGCUUUCUGGUGCUCAGACGAUUGGUGUUUCCCAUUGCCCAUCAAUUGUAACCCAUUUAUAUAAUUUCACUGGCAAGGGUGACACUGACCCGACUCUAGACAAUGAAUAUGCAAAAAAUCUUAAGACCUUUAAGUGCAAGAAUAUCAAUGACAACACCACACUUAUUGAGAUGGACCCCGGAAGUUGUGACACAUUUGAUCUUGGCUAUUAUAAACAAGUGGUUAAGAGAAUGGGCUUGUUCCAAUCAGAUGUUUCAUUGCUUGAAAGCUCUAACACAAGGGCUAUUAUCAUCAGACAACUUCAAUCAACUCAAGGAUUCUUUGCAGAAUUUGCCAAGUCCAUGGAGAAAAUGGGACGAAUUAAUGUCAAGAUCGAAACAAAAGGAGAGAUACGGAAACAUUGUACACAAAUAAAUAGCUAA